UACCAAGGAAGUUGAUCUUGCUCCAAUUGCAGUUAUGUCUUCAGCAAACUACGUAUGCGCCCUGAUGUGUCGUGCAUGCGUCGUUGCUUGGUUUUAACGGGAAACAGAUGUCUCCCUCUUCCCCAACAGCAACGCCGACAUGGCGUCAGUUUGAGCGGAAGGUUGAUGAGGUGAAGCCGUCCAAAACUGAUAUCAAUUAUCUGGUUAUGGACUACCUCAUCACCAAUGGCUACCCCGCUGCGGCGAAGAAAUUCGCGCUCGAGGCCAAUAUCCAACCCAGAGCAGAUAUCGAGGCGAUUCAAGAAAGAGUUGAAAUUCGUACUGCGAUUCAUGCCGGGAAUAUUCAAACCGCCAUUGAGAAGAUCAACGAGCUCAACCCUCAGAUAUUGGAUGAAAAUCCUCCCCUGCACUUUGCCCUGUUGCGUCUGCAGCUGGUCGAGCUUAUCCGCUCGUGCACUUCCACUCCUGAUGGAGACAUCAGCCCAGCACUAGAGUUUGCGACCUCGCAGCUCGCUCCCCGGGCACCCACCAACCCUCAAUUCCUGGAAGAUCUCGAACGGACCCUUGCGCUCCUGAUCUUUCCGUCCGAUAAUCUCUCUCCAUCCCUUGCCCCCCUUCUACAACCCGAGCUCCGUAAAGAUAUUGCCAACCGUGUGAACGAGGCCAUCCUGCAAACCCAGGGUGACUGUAAAGAAGCGCGCCUGCGCAACCUGGUUAAGCUACGCGCGUGGGCGGAAAACAAGGCCCGCGAGGCUAAGAAGGACAUUCCUGACAAGCUGAGUUUAGGGUUAGGGGACAGUAACUCCAGCACGUCCAGUACCCACGACAACAGUAAUGCCGGCACGAGCCAGAAUGGCUCGUCCAACGACACUGUAAUGACCAAUAGUGGGGACGUUGACCCAAUGAUCUCGUGAUCGCCCUGGCGGUGAUGUCUUUGCACGUUAUUCUGUUGGUUGCCAGCAUGGAGUUUGGAGCGAUGUUUGAUUUCGGUCUGGGACGUU